AUGCCCAGAUAUGACGAUGAAGAACCUUGCGGCUAUCGGCAUAAAUCGCCCUCUUACUCGCCUGACAACCAAGCCCGCAUAGCCAGAGAUCGAAGCAGAGGUCGGGAUCGCAGGGCACACGACAGAGAGGACAAAUCGUCAAAUAGGGGCAAACAUCGACGGGAACGAUCGGUCUCCAGCUUGAGACCCUCAAGGCAUUCUAGGGAUCGAAAGGAUCGCAGGUCUUACCGAGACCGUAGCCGUUCGAGAAGCCCUUAUGAGGAUUCUUCGCGGAGACACCGCAGACGUUCGAAAGAGCGUCGACGCGAUGGGCGUGAUUCAAGCAGAUCACCACGACCUCGUCAUCCGAGACGUCAUGAUUCCGCUUCACCUUCGCGAAAUAUAUCUCCUUCCUCAAAACGAUCCAGAAAACCCCUCCCAUCUCAGAAUGACGCCUUCUCCAAAACUCCUCGAGAGCUCUCAGAAGUAGCUACUCCGGCGCCAGACAAAGAGAAGCCGAACUUCGCGAACACAGGUCGUUUGGCCGCAGAAACAAAUACGGUUAGAGUCGGCGAAGGGAGCAUCGUUCUUAAAUACCACGAACCACCAGAGGCGAGGAAACCUCCUGCCAAAAAUGCAUGGAGACUCUACGUGUUCAAAGGAGAAGAUUUGUUAGAAACAGUGGAAUUAGGUGCACGGAGCUGCUGGCUCAUCGGAAGAGAGAGGCUUGUUGCAGAUCUACCUAUUGAUCAUCCAAGUUGCUCCAAGCAGCACGCCGCGAUUCAAUUCCGAUACGUUGAAAAGCGGAAUGAAUUUGGUGACAGAGACGGACGCGUCAGGCCAUAUUUGAUCGAUCUAGAAAGUGCCAAUGGAUCAAGUGUCAACGGCGACGCUGCGCCUCCAGGACGGUAUAUGGAACUUAUGGACAAGGACGUUUUGAAGUUCGGGUUGAGUACGAGGGAAUAUGUGCUUAUGCUUCCGCCACCGGAUUGA